UGCGAUGGUCAGUAUUUAUAUUUGUAUUUAUUUAUUUAUAUUUAUAUACUUAUAGCAUCCGAACUACAAGAGAGGAGGCGCCUUUCCAAACGAUAUAGCCCUUCUUGAGCUCAUAACUGACGAUGAUCUCUCGGGAACCAACAAUGCCAUCGUCCUUGCCCAUCCUUUCGAUAACUUUGAUGGUCAUAUAUGUGAUAUCAUGGGAAUUACAUAUAUAAAAGGAACGAUCCUGACCGAUAACGAAUGCCAGUCCAAUUGGGACACGGUUUACGAUAGCAGAGCUCACAUCUGCACUAAACGCAGGGAUACCAGUUUCUGCAAGGUUGACGAUCGUGGUCUGCUGGUGUGUUUCCGUGGCUCGAAACUCGUGUUAGCCGGCUUGGCUUCCUGGGGCGAGGAGGGGUGCGACAGAUCGUUUCCCGACGUGUACACCAGAGUGUCCACGUACAGGUCGUGGCUCCGCAAGACUAUGGGCAUAUAAAUGGGCAUACCGGAUAAUGAUUUUAUCUGUAACUUAAAAGCUCUCAAAUUAAGCAAAUGCAUCGAUUUUACAGUUUUUUUCGGACAGCAUAUAACGUGAUAAAAGGGAAUGUAAAACCAA